AUGGGCCAGGCCCUCUCGCUGCUGCCGCCGCCGCUGGGCCGGCGUGGCGCCGCCGCUGCCGCCGCUGCCAAGACCAAGGCCGGCAAAGCCUCCAUCGACCGGCCCGGCGAGGAGGACCCAGAUCUGUGGAUGGUGUGCGGCCUGGGCAACCCGGGGCCCCGCUACGAGAGCACACGCCACAACGUCGGCUUCAUGGCCGUUGACCAGCUGGCGCGGCAGGAAGGCAUCGCGGUCAACCGGCUGCAGGAGACGGCGGUGGUGGGGCGCGGCCGGUUUGCCGGCAAGAAGGUGCUGCUGGUGAAGCCCAUGACCUUCAUGAACGUCUCUGGAGAGGCGGUGGGGCGCCUGGCACGGUUCUACCGGGUGCCCGCUGAGCGUGUGCUGGACUUCACCAAGGUGGAGCGGGAGGAGGUGGAUGUGGCGGUACAUGAAAGCAUCGACAUUAUUCGCUCUGUGCUGACUGUGGGGCUGGAAAAGGCGGCUAGCGGGAUGCGGGUCGACGCCGCCGGCAAGCCCAUCCUGCCGCCGCACUCCAACGGAAAGCAGGGCGGCGGGCAGGGCGGCGGGCGCGGCAGCGGGCAGCCCGCGGCCAAGAAGCAGCGCCAGUUUGGCGGCGGCGGCGAGGGGGGCCCAGCGGCAGCGCAGCAGCGGCGGCAGCCUGAGGCGGCGGCGGCGGAGCCGACGCGUGGCACGGCGGCGGCCACGGCGGCACCAUGA